UGAUUUAUAAAGGUAAAAAAUCAAGUUCCAAAUAUACCCUGCAUCUGUUGACGAGGCCAAAGAAACAUUACAAAAUACAUUGUAGAGCAAGCCAUGGAAACAGGAUAGUUCCAAGCAAAUUACAGAAGCGAAUUUCAUUCCGCCAAGAAUUUCUUGCCCUGGAUUAUUAAUUGUUUUCCUGUUCAAUCUUCUUCCACCAUGGAGAUAUCUGUGAAAAAAUUGACUAGAAAUAGAAUUGACAAUGGUAAAGCCAAGAUUCAAGACAGAGAAAGCAUUCACCCUGAUCAACAAAGAUUGAUAUUUGCUGGAAAUCAAUUGGAAGAUUGCAGCAGAAUUGCUGAUUACAUCAUUAAAAAGGAAUCCGCUGUUCAUCUGAUGGGAGGGAUGCAAAUCUUUGUCAAGGCUUUGAGCGGCAUAAUUAUCACCCUGGAGGUUGAGGCUUGUCACACUAUUGGUAAUGUUAAGGCAAAGAUUUAUGAUAACGAGGGUAUUCCUCCAGAUCAACAGAGACUGAUCUUUUCUGGCAAGAUAUUACAUAAUGAGAGGACUCUGGCUGAAUAUAACAUCCAGAAAGAAUCCACUCUUCACUUGGUUCUCUGCCUUCAUGGAGGUAUGCAAAUCUCUGUGAAGACUUUGACUGGUAAAAUAAUUACUAUUGAGGUUGAGAGCUCAGAUACAAUUGACAAUGUGAAGCAAAAGAUUGAAGAUAAGCAGGGCAUUUUUACAGAUCAGCAGAAACUGAAUUUUGUUGGAAAGGAGCUGGAAGAUGAGAAGACAGUUGCUGAUUACAACAUUCAGGAGGACUCCACUGUAAACCUAGUCCUUCACCUCCGUGCUGGAAUGCAUAUAUUUGUUAAGGUUUUGAAUGGUAAGACCAUCACACUUGCAGUUGAGAGCUCAGACACAAUAGAAACUGUGAAGGCCAAGAUUCAAGAUAAGGAAGGGAUUUCUCCAGACAAACAGAUUUUGACCUAUGAUGGAUUUCAAUUGCAGGAUGAAAGAACUCUGGCUGAUUACAAAAUUGAGAAAAAAUCCACGCUUAACCUUGUUAUCCGCCGUGGUGGCAUGCAGAUUUUUGUAAAGACCUUAACAGAAAAGAUAAUUACUCUUGAAGUUGAAAGCUCAUAUACAAUCAACAAUGUCAAGUCUAAAAUUGAGGAUAAAGAGGGAAUUCCUGCAGAGGAACAGAAACUGUAUUUUGCUCGAAAGCAGCUGGAAGAUUGGAAGACACUUGCUGAUUACGGCAUUCAGAAGGAUUUCAUUCUGGAACUUGUCCCUCGGCUCCGCGGUGGAAGUUAGAUCUAGGAGAUAAUUUGUCUUGCAUCAUCCUGGUGGAUUUUAGUUGUAGGAUAUCUUUUAAUCUUGAAAGUUACACUUCAAUAAUUUUGGUUGAAAGUUUAUAUCAUUUCACAGUGCACAGACGAUCUUUCAAAUGAUAUAUGCUAAGCUGCCUAGGCCAUGAAAUUUGAAACUACUUGUCACAGAUUUGUUUUGGGGUUCAUGUUUUCUCUGUACAACACUUGAUAAUUUUCAUAGAAAUUCGUUCCUCAA